CCCCCCAUCCCCUCCAUGGCGGGGAGGUCUCAGCACAUUGCCACGGGGUGCACAGACACUUGGCCGCUCCCCGGCACCACGUCGGGGGGUGGCUCUGGGGUGGCCGGAGCCCAUCCCAGCCUCGCCGCCAGCACGCAAGCGGAAAACAUAUUUCACAGCCGUAACAGGCAGCAUCCGCUCGAGCGUCCCGGGGACGGGACGAGGAUGCCGGGCAGGAGUGCGGUGGUGCUGGCGCUGGCGCUGCGCCUGCUCCUGCCCAGCGCCGGGCAGCAGCACCGGGAGGAGGCCGAGCGCAUCAUGAGGACCACGCCGGUCAUCGACGGGCACAACGACCUCCCCUGGCAGCUCCUCAAGAGGUUCAACAACCAGCUUGGGCUGCCAGAGGCCAACCUGCUGACACUCAACGGCACCCACACCAACAUCCCCAAGCUGCGCAGCGGGCACGUCGGGGGGCAGUUCUGGUCGGCGUACGUGCCCUGUGACACGCAGAACAAGGACGCGGUGAAGCGCACGCUGGAGCAGAUCGACGUGGUGCACCGCAUGUGCGAGCGCUACCCCGAUACCUUCGCCUGCGUUGGGGACAGUGAUGGCAUCCUCCAGGCCUUCCGGAGCAACAAGGUGGCCAGCCUCAUUGGGGUGGAGGGCGGCCACUCCAUCGACAGCAGCCUGGGCGUCCUGCGCACCUUCUACCGUCUGGGCGUCCGCUACAUGACCCUCACCCACAGCUGCAACACCCCCUGGGCUGACAACUGGCUGGUGGACACUGGGGAUGACUCAGCCCUGCACCACGGCCUGUCGUCCUUCGGGAAGACGGUGCUGGAGGAGAUGAACCGCCUGGGCAUGAUCGUGGACCUGGCCCACGUCUCAGUGGAGACGAUGAAGGUUGUGCUGAACCUCUCCAAAGCCCCCGUCAUCUUCAGCCACUCAUCCGCAUACAGCCUCUGCCAGCACCGCCGCAACGUGCCCGACGAGGUGCUGAGGAUGGUGGCCUCCACAGGCAGCCUGGUGAUGGUCAACUUCUACAGCGCGUACGUGACAUGCGCGGACACGGCCACGCUGGAGGAUGUCGCAGACCACAUGGACCACAUCAAGAAGGUGGCCGGUGCCCAGUCCGUCGGCUUCGGUGGUGACUACGACGGGGUCUCAGGGCUCCCCAGCGGCUUGGAGGAUGUGUCCACGUACCCUGCACUGGUGGCCGAGCUGCUGGCGAGGAACUGGACGGAGGAGGAGCUGAAGGCGGCCCUGGCCGAGAACCUGCUCCGUGUAUUCAAGAAGGUGGAGGAGGUGAAGGCAAACCUGCAGAGCACGGCUGCCCACGAGACACCCAUCGCCUUCGAGGAGCUGGAGGGGACGUGCAGGACCCGCUAUGGCUACGCCAACAGCGCAGGCACAGCCCGGCUCCCGCUGGCAGCCCUGGUGCUGGUGCUGGCACUGCUCCACUCCCUGCUGUCCUAGCACUGGCUCCCAUCACAGCUCCAGCACCCUGCCCAGCAGGAUGCUGGUACCUGCCCUGUGGCUGCUGGCCUGGGCACAUUCCUGUGCCCCUUCCCUCCUGUACCAGCACCACAAGGGAAAUAAAGACAUGUUUCAAGCACCGC